UCGACCUCCUAGAUCACACUUCCCCCAAUGCAACGCCAACCGAAUUCUCCAAAUACUGUAAGCAAAAAAAAAAAAGCGGAACUCGCUGCUUCCGAUGACUCAGCAGUUCCUCAUUUCUCCCGAGACAAAUACCCACUGACAAAUGGGAAUCCCCCAAGACAAACAAAAUCCUAAAGAUGAAUAAAAAUCCCCUUAUGCCAGUACAGCUUACGCAUUCCGAUCACACAUGUAACGUUAAUAAAAUGGCAUGUAGAAAAGUAUUAGAAAUUGCCGUGGGGAACUGCAUGCAAAACCGUAUGUAAAGUGAUAUACACUAUAGACACUAUUAGUCGAAAUUUUCUCAAAACUAAGAAAUGCAUAGCACACCAUGAAGGGUCACUGAGUAUAUUGUGACAUCAUUAAGGGGAAUCCCUUGACACACCGUGCAAAAAGCGGAACUGUUCCUUGUUUCGCUCGAUGAGUCACUUCUUCCCCCAAGACAUACUUACGCAAAACAACAUUUUAGAAGCAGAAAAUAUCUGGAACCAUGCGCGCCGGGCCAGUACUUCUUCUGUGGGUCUGCUUCGCCGUAGCUACACACGUAGCGGUUACCGGCACUACACUUAUAGCUUCAGCCGCAAGCUGUACGGAGAGGGCAACAAAUGUCUACAAUGUCACGGGGCCAGCUACCGACUGCUCCCGAAGAAAUUUCUCCGCCGUACCGACCAAUAUUUCGUCCGCCGCCGUAGUCUUGGACCUGACUUACAACCGACUGAGCUUCGUAAACCGGGAGAGUUUCAAAGGUCUCGCCCAGCUAAAGGUACUGAAUUUAUCUUAUAACCAGAUAAGCACAAUAGGGCAAGAUUCUUUUUCGGAACUGCCUGAACUUUACGAACUCUAUCUUGACCACAACGGCAUAUCGUCAAUAGCAAGCGACUUUUUCCAGCGGCCGUCUAGGAUAGAAAAUCUUGACCUCUCUUUCAAUCGCAUCGCCCACAUUGGAGACUCUGCCUUCGAUGACCUUGGUGUAACCUUGAAACAGCUUGCACUAGGGCACAAUUACCUCGGCAGAUUGUUUUCCAUCGAAAAAUCCAUCGGAAUAUUUCAACAACUCACAAACCUCACACACCUUGAUCUAAGCAACAAUGGGAUAUAUGAUUUUAGGUCAGACGCAUUCCGAUCUCAGUCAAACAUCCGGUCUUUGAAUUUGGCAGGAAAUGGUCUUCGUGAUAGUGGCCUUUUUACUGAAGAACAUAAUCACUCGAGCUCGGGUGAAUACGUGCUGCCAGUAUCAGUGUUUCGCAGUUUGUCAAGUCUGAAUUCUUUACAAAUCAGUCACAACAGCCUUCGGCUUUGUUGUGAGGCAUACAGAGGGUUAACAAGUUUAGAACGUUUAGAUUUACGGUCCAAUGCUAUUCCGAAUGUUGAGCCUGAAAACAUAACGAGGGUUUUGCCAAAUCUGAAUGAAUUGUAUCUCAGGGGAAACCCCUUUGACUGUAGCUGCAGGGCUGAGUCAUUCUUUAGGUGGGCGGCUGACUCAUUUGUUGACACGGACUUUGUAAACUGGACUUGUCAACAACCAACGUCGGUGGCAGAGGCAAAAGUUGCUGAGUUGGACAUCCGUGAAUGCGGUCAAGACAUUAAGUCUAAUGCAUCGUCGAUACACAUUGCAUUCUUGAUGAUAGGUUGUAUUUCUGCUAUCGGGUUAGCACUAGUGGCUAUGUUUGUCCUAUGUCGAUGCGGAAGACUGAGAGCUAAAUUUUCAGCGUUCGAAAACAUUGGACUUGAAGAGUGUCAGUACGAUGCCUUCGUCAGCUACAGUUCGGACGACUCUGAGUGGGUUCAUCGCAAACUAGUUCCACGUCUAGAUUCGCUUAAUAUUCAGUCUUGCAUCGCUGAUCGUGAUUUUACGCCUGGCAUACCAAUACUGGAAAACAUCAUACACAGCAUCGAACAGAGUCGGCAAGUUGUCAUUGUGGUGUCAAGAAAUUUUCUACGUAGCGAUUGGUGCAAGAUCGAAUUGCACAUGGCCGAGCAAAAGUAUUUCUCUAGUAGUGAGAAAUACGUCAUCCCGAUUUUACUAGAGGAAAUACCCAUUCAGAUGAUGUCAAAGAGUCUGCGAUAUCUGCUAGCAACGAAAACGUACCUGGAAUGGAAAGAUGGAAGAAAACAAGAGGACCUGUUUUGGCGUAGACUUGGGGCAGCGGUAAAGUCGAGCUUGCCUCUCAAAAGGACCAACAACAACGACGCCAUUGACAUGGAAGAGGAAGAACUCGUCACAACCAAAUCUCUGGCCCAGUCGUCAAGCCCAAUAAAGUUUCGGCUAUCUGAUGACACGAACAAUGAAGUCGACGUUGAGCCAGAAACACAAUGCGACCAUGAAACAAGCGCUAGCGUUAGUUUGAAUGUUUUGCCUAAGCAACAGACGAACGACCACGACCAUACAACGGACACUACAAGUGUUGAUGACGGCUCUUACAUUGACGACUGUCCACCCUCCGAUUGUCAGACUGUUUCCAGUUCCGAAGACCACGUAGACAACCCAGUAGUAGAAGAUAUCGAGCCAACGAAGACGAGGAGGCAAGCUCUCGCGACAUUCUUCACUGGCAUGAUUGAAAAGGGUCGCCAUGUGUUUUUCACAACGUUGUUUCGUUUUAAGUACACAAAAACGUCGUCUUUCCAUCAAAAAGUAUCGAAGAACGCUUCGGCAACAGAGCUGUUCUUACCAAAAGUUCUCCAAGAAUCGUACACAGAGGAACAAGCCCAUGUAACGUGUUGCCACGAGGAGCCAAUCUACCAAAACUCGUGGUUUCUCUACCAUGCGAUCAGGACGCGAAGAAAGGAACCACUUCCGCCUGUCCCUGAUGAGCAAGCUGAUGACAGCAUUUCAGAACAACAGACAACCGUAGUCCACAUGGCCGCCAUUGAGCAUUCUCAGUCCCCAGCACCGAUGGAAAUAGCUUACUAUCAAAGGAGCCUUACACCGUACCAAGAACAUGUGGAAGAAGAACUCCAAGUGAUGCAACAGCCGCGCCUCAAUGUCAACGUUGUUACUUCAUCCCUUGCGACUGGCAUCUUUGACUCAAAGGGUGGUCAUCUGGUCAUCGGAGGCACAGGCGUUGGGCUCUUCAUCCCACCAGGUGCGAUCAGAGAUAGCACAGAACAACAAAUCACCAUCGCCAUCAGCACGGAAGAGUGCGACAAGCCGACUCUGACGGAGAGGCAGGCUAGGAUAAGCUCCGUGAUCAAAUGCAGCCCACACGGCAUCACUUUCGAUAAAAGCGUAGCCUUAUCCUUUCCGCACUCAGGAGAAUUCUGCAAUAGCAAGAUCAUACAUCCUCUCAUAACGAACACAUGCAGAGGACAACAGGCCGUAUACGAGGAUAUGAAGAAAGACCGCGGUGCUCACGCCAUAGUAAGGAAGGCAGACUGUGUGGUGUUUCUUGACCACUUCACGGGCGUCACCCUAGUAGAGGAAAGCCCUUGUCCUGAUGAGGGUGCAAAAGGGGAGAGCGACAACAACGACAGUGCUGAAAAACCUGUAUACGCCAUCCCCUUCUGGACCCUCACCUCCAGCGGUGACGUUGUGGUGCGUGUGAGGCUUUGCCAGAAAAGGGACGACGCCAAACAGAUUGCCUACGAGGAGGAGCGAGCCUGUGGAAGCAGACCGUGUGACGGACCUCCCGUAACGCUGUACGUGCCGGUGAAGGGCGGCACAAAAGCUCGGGUACAAGUCGUGAUGGACAAUAUAAGACAAGGGUGGGCAAGCGUCGACGGGCUGGAAAAAGUUACCGACUGUCGCAGGAUUUUCACCGAUGACGAGGUACAACAAUGCAGCUUCUUACUGGAGAGAAGCAGUGAUGGCGUACACAACUCCAACAGGUUCCGAUGUCGUCUUCAUAUCAUCCCAGUGGGAAACGAGGGAGAUGCGCAAACCGUCUACGUGUCAGUCCUCACAGACGAGGUCUUUCACUUUGAGACCCAACCACGAGCCCCCACCACCUCAAAAACAAGACUUCACAGCCACAGCCAAGAGGCCACCAUGCCUGCCAGCGUGGGCGAGGGAGGAGCUCUGUCGGCUUUUGGACCCAAGCAAUCCGAAGGGUAA